UCAAAACUUGAACCCAAACUUCUUAGCCACCGAAGCCCCCUCCCCGUCUCCAGCCCGUUCGAAGCCGUCGCCAGCGCUGACGUCUCCGUUCGACUACAGCUACCUCGCGACAUUCCUCCGUCUCUCCUUUCCGCCUGUUCUUCUUUGCCGAUAUCUCCUGCACAGCAAGUCGUUCUUCCCUCUACCCGCGUCCUUCCCAUUCGAAGCGUCACUCCAUUACUGUUUCUUUUUUUUGUUUUUUCGUAUCUAUCGUACUUGUUCCUUUGGUCGAUUCAUCUGUAAAUUGCUAUUUGAAUUGGAUCUCUGUUUCAUUAUCCAGUUAAACUGUCAUUCACACGAACCACUUCUUCUUGCUUUUCAGCUCUUCGCCGAAUUUCCUGAACGGGAGUUUUCAUGCUCUGUUUGUUGCCUUGCAAAGGACUCUCUUUUAAUCUGCCAUUAUUUUGCAGCCAUGAUUGCUUCUAGUUACUUGCAAUUGAUCUGGAAUAAUAAAACUUUAACAUGUACUUUCUUUGUAAAUCAGGUUUCAGAGAUGUUAUGAAAAAAAUGUGCCCGCAUUUAGAGUGCCACUCAAGGCUAUGAAAUGUUUCUUGAACUCAUUCAAGCUCUGAAUCACAGAGAAAACUUUUUUAAAAGUUAUAAAUCAUAUUUUUUUCAUCUCCAUAAUGUUUCGAACUCUCGGAAUCCCAACUCUGGGCGGUUCUCUUCAAUACAACAAGCUUCUAAACUCCUGCUCUUCCCUCUCCGAUCUCAAACGCCUCCACGCUCUUCUCCUCACCCAUGGCCUCAUCUCACGCCUUGAUCUCGCCACCAAAGUCGUCUUCCUCGCCUACACUCUGUCCUCAACCAUGGCCUAUGCCCGCAACCUGUUCGACACUACGCCUCACCGGGACUCAUUCCUCUGGAACACUCUAAUUCGCGGAUCCUGCUCCGUCAUCUCUGCCAUUGGAGAAGGAAAACAGGCUCAUUGCAACAUUGUGAAGAACGGGUUGGACAUUAAUAUCUUCGCUCAGAGCUCGUUGAUCACAAUGUACUUCCAUAGUGGGGAGAUUUCUGAUGCAGAGCUGAUUUUUGGCGAGAUGGGGGAGAGGAGCAUGGUGUCAUGGACGGCCAUGGUAGCUGGCUAUGCUCAAAAUUGUAUCUUUAGGAAGGCUGUGAGUGUUUUUCAGCAAAUGGUUGAUUCCGGAGUUCGGUUUAAUGAGAUCACCCUGGUGAGCAUUCUUCCAGCUUGCAGCGAGUUAGGCUUUUUUAGUCUGGGGAGAUCCAUACACGGUUUCAUGAUCAAAUCCGGUUUGAGCUCAUAUACUUCAUUGGCAAACGCAAUGAUUGCGAUGUAUGGCAAAUGUUGUGAAAGGGAAGCUGCUGAGUCCCUGUUCGACGCGAUGCCAGCUCCAAGCUUAGCAUCAUGGAACACCAUGAUUGCACUCUACGAGCAGAACGGUGACGGAGUUGCGGCGUUCGAAGUUUUCCGGCGGAUGAUUGCUAAAAAUCUCAGAUUUGAUAGCGUGACAUUGGUGUCUGUCAUAUCUGCCUGCACUGCUCUUGGAAACCUGGAGAUUGGGAGAUGGGUUCAUGAGCUUUCCUGUAAGAGAGGACUUGAGCUUGAUGUGAGAGUCGGCAAUGCGUUGCUCGAUAUGUAUGCGAAGUGCGGUGGAAUCGACUCGGCUCGAGCUCUAUUUCAGAAGCUCCUGCCAUCAAAGAGUGUGGUAAGUUGGAGCGCCAUGAUUGGGGCUUACGCAGCUCAUGGCCAUGCGAAGGAGGCUCUUGAGCUUUUCUCUAAGAUGAAAGAAGAAGAAAUAAUGCCUAACAGCUUCACUUUUACCUCAGUUCUUGCAGCUUGCAGCCAUUCCGGUGAUGUCGAGGAGGGAAUGAAACAGUUUGAGAACUUGAAGAGAGAUUAUGGGAUUGAUCAUACCGUAGAGCACUGUGCUUGCAUGGUGGAUCUUCUGGGGCGAGCCGGAAGGCUGGGUGAGGCUUAUAGGUUUGUGGAGAGGAUGGAGGUGAAGCCGGACAAAGCGGUGUGGGGAGCUUUGCUUGGUGGUUGUAGUAUGCAUGGGGAUGUUGACAUGGCUGAGAUGGUGGUGGAGGAGAUGUUGAGAUUGGAUCCUCAGAACGUGACAUUCUGUGUUUUGAUGUCGAACUUGUAUGCUGAUGCGGGAAGAUGGGAAGAUGCGGCGAGAAUGAGGAGUAGAAUGAAGGAGCAGGAGAUGAAGAAGGCUCCUGGAUUCAGUUUGGUUGAGAUACAUGAGAAGAUCUUUAGUAAUUAUUCUUGCAGCAUAAGAGAUUCAUUCAGCUUGGCCCGAGCUACAUAGA